AUGGUUUCGGGCUUGGAAGAAGCGCUGGAGCACAGCGGUGGCCAUGGCCGAACAGCAGAGGGUGUCUCGAUUUCCACCUUCUUGGCCUCGCUGGCAACGGCUAUCGUGGUCUUUGUUGUCGAAUUCUUCCUUUUCCUUUUACUGAAAGGUAAACUUACUCGUAUAUAUCAACCCCGAACAUAUCUGGUACCAGAUAGAGAACGGACCACACCUUCCCCGCCAGGUCUGUUCCACUGGAUUGGCCCUGUUUUCCGUACCUCCAGCUCCGAGUUCAUCCAAAAAUGUGGGCUAGAUGCAUACUUCUUCUUGCGCUAUCUGCGCAUGCUGCUGAAGAUUUUUCUCCCUUUGGGGCUGUUGAUUCUUCCAGUUUUACUUCCGAUCAACCGCGCCGGCGGUAAAGGUACCUCGUUCAAGAAUGGGACUUCUGGUGAUCGAUGGGCUGUUACUGGCCUGGACCAAUUGGCAUGGGGAAAUAUCACACCUGAACAUACGAGCCGCUAUUGGGCUCAUUUGGUAAUGGCUAUCAUUGUCAUCGUUUAUGUCUGUGCCGUGUUCUUUGAUGAGCUUCGGGGCUUUAUUCGCCUGCGACAGGCCUACCUAACCUCUCCCCAACAUCGACUUCGUGCUUCUGCGACCACCGUGCUGGUCACCUCCAUCCCGCCAGAUUGGCUUAAUAUGGAUGCCCUUGACAGAUUAUACGACGUUUUCCCAGGAGGCGUGAGAAACAUUUGGAUCAAUCGGAACUUUGACGAGCUGAAUGAAAAAGUGAAGGAGCGCAACAAGCUUGCCCUUAAACUUGAAAGUGCCGAGACAGACUUGAUCUCGAAAUGCAAAGAGGCGCAACUUAAGAAGGCCAAAGUCGAGGCAAAGAAAUCCGGCGAGAAAACAACAAGUGCUGAGAAACGGGAGAAGAAGGCAGCAGACAAAAGAGCCUCCAAAAUUGCCAUGGGUCCAGGUGUCAGCACUGGCAAUCCUCAUGACGCUCACACGUUACAAGAGAUGCUCCAAGACCCAACAGACGGACACGCCAAACGAACUCAGGAUGGACCUCGACGAGUUUUCGAUCCUGCUCUUGCAGCUGCUGGAGUCGUUGGCCAAGGUGUUGGGAGACUCGGCAAAUCUGUGCUUGGGGGUUUCAAAAAAGCCGAAAAUGGUGUUGAAGGGACAUUGACGCAAACGCGAGGCUUUGUUGCCACCACAGACGAUAUUCUUCCUCCCCGGGGGCACACUCCGGGAAUCGAUCGUGCUGCUUCUACUAAGAAGACGUCUGGAGAGUCUCUUCGGUCCCAGCAGCUGCCAGAAACCCUUGACCGAGGCCACAACGAUACCAAGUUCAGUGAUAAAUCGUCUUCAUCGAAACCACCAUUUUGGAGACGAAUGUCAUCUCAUACGAAAUCCCAGGGUACGCCGGAACCUGAUGAAUACCCACUGACUGCACCUGACACUCCUGCUACCGUUGCACCUCCCCGUGGUUUUACCAAGGCUGCUAACGACGAAAAAGACAAAUUAGAUGUCAAAAAGAGGGGAGAUAAGAUUGAUGGGGAAGAGUAUCCUGUCGCCUACAACGAAAAUUUCGACAAUGAGAAUUAUGGAGAGCCGCUGUGGAAAGAGUAUAUUCGACCCAAAGAUCGGGAUACCAUGCGUCUGCCUAUCUUUGGCUGGAGUUGGAUGCCCUCAAUCUGGCUACUCGGAAAGAAGGUCGACACAAUCGAUUAUUGUCGCAAAGAGCUCGCUCGUUUGAACUUGGAAAUUGAAAUCGAUCAGCAGCAUCCCGAGAGGUUCCCUCUAAUGAACUCGGCCUUCGUCCAAUUCAAUCACCAGGUUGCUGCUCACAUGGCCUGUCAGGCCGUCAGCCAUCAUCUUCCAAAGCAGAUGGCACCUCGAGUUGUUGAGAUCUCCCCCGACGAUGUCAUUUGGGAUAACAUGUCCAUCAAAUGGUGGGAGCGCUAUCUUCGCACGUUUGGUAUACUCACCUUGGUGUGUGCAAUGGUCGUUGGAUGGGCCUUCCCCGUCGCUUUCACUGGUCUACUCUCGCAAUUGACAUACCUUGAGGGCGCAUUUCCAUGGCUAGCCUGGCUUGGAAAGCUCCCAGACUGGUUCAUUUCGGCUAUCCAGGGUAUUCUUCCCGCGCUAUGUUUGGCGAUCCUGAUGGCACUUCUCCCCCUUACUCUUCGCUUCCUGAGUCGUACGCAGGGUCUUUUCACAGGCAUGUCCGUCGAACUCACUGUACAAAACUACUAUUUUGCCUUCUUGUUUGUUCAGCUGUUUUUGGUUGUUACAAUCGCCUCCAGUUUCUCAACAGUCAUCGAGAAUAUCACCGACGUGACGAGCUGGCCAGAACUCUUGGCUUCAAACAUCCCCAAGUCCAGUAACUACUUCUUCUCUUACAUGAUUCUGCAAGCCAUGUCCGUGAGCGCUGGCGCUCUUGUGCAAAUCUUUGGCCUGGUGAGCUGGUUUAUUCUGGCACCUAUUCUGGAUUCAACUGCUCGGAAGAAGUGGGCUCGAACAACCAACCUCAAUCAGAUGCAAUGGGGCACGUUCUUCCCAGUCUAUACCACGCUCGCUUCCAUUGGAUUGAUCUACUCUGUUAUUGCGCCUUUGAUUUUGGUUUUCAAUAUCAUCACCUUCAGCCUAUUCUGGUUUGUUUAUCGAUAUAACACACUCUAUGUCACCAAAUUCCGGUUUGAUACUGGCGGUCUUCUAUUUCCCAAGGCCAUUAAUCAAUUGUUCACCGGACUCUACGUGAUGGAGGUCUGCUUGAUUGGCUUGUUCUUCUUGGUUCGGGAUGACAAAGAUAAUGUGGCCUGCAAAGGGCAGGGUAUUUGCAUGGUUGUGAUUCUCGUCUUGACGAUUGGAUACCAGCUCCUCCUCAACGAUGCUUUCAGUCCUCUGAUUCGCUACCUACCGAUCACUUUGGAGGAAGCUGCGAUCAAACGCGAUGAUGAGUUCCGCCGGGCCCAGCACGCUCGCCUCGGGCUUGCUAUGGAUGACGAUGAGGUUGAUGAUGUUGAACACGCCCUCAAACAGGAGGAACGCCGAGAGCGUCAGCAAGGACAGGAUGCUCGGGAUAUCGAGCUGAAACCUUUGGAGACCAAUGGCUUAGACCAGAAGCGACAAGAUUCAGGCAGUCUUUUAUCAACGCCCAAGCUUGAGCACAAACGUCCAUCAUGGGCAAGCAAUGCAUCCAAGCGUCGAUCUAAAUAUUUUGGGCUUAACUCACCAAGCUCAACACCAACGAUUCGAGCUAUGCGGGAAAAGAUGGCCCUCGAUACCGAGAAUCAGGGACCAGCUCCAAACACAGUUGGCCAAGCUCUCUUUGCUGGCAUCCAUGACGAACUCGAGGAUCUCACACCCGAUGAGCGCGAUCAGCUGGUGCAGCGUGCUUUCCAACACGAAGCACUUCGCGCGAAGCGGCCAGUGAUCUGGAUCCCGCGUGACGAUUUGGGUGUGAGUGACGACGAGGUUUAUCGUACCCAGCGCUUCAGCAAACACAUCUGGCUCAGUAACGAAUACCAGGCGCUGGAUGCCAAGUGUCGGACGAUAUUCAGUCGCAGUCCUCCGGAUUUCUCUCAGGUGGAUCUGAUUCAAUUGUGA